AUGGCUCUUGAUCUGAGCCUCCUGGUUAUUUCUCAAGAUAACCUUCUGAGGCCAGGCUGGUGGCAGAACAAACAUAGAGAAAGAAGGUUGCAUUUCAUUGACCGAUGGAUUCCUGUGUUGUCUUUUGCAGUUUUCAGUGAAGACCUACACUCCAGCCUCUACUUUGUCAAUGCAUCUCUGCAAGAGGUAGUGUUUGCCAGCACCACGGGGACUCUGGUGCCCUGCCCCGCUGCAGGCAUCCCUCCUGUGACUCUCAGAUGGUACCUAGCCACGGGCGAGGAGAUCUACGAUGUCCCCGGGAUCCGCCACGUCCACCCCAACGGCACUCUCCAAAUUUUCCCCUUCCCUCCUUCAAGCUUCAGUACCUUAAUCCAUGAUAAUACUUAUUAUUGCACAGCUGAAAAUCCUUCAGGGAAAAUUAGAAGUCAGGAUGUCCACAUCAAGGCUGUUUUACGGGAGCCCUAUACAGUCCGUGUGGAGGACCAGAAAACCAUGAGAGGCAAUGUCGCAGUCUUCAAGUGCAUUAUCCCCUCCUCGGUGGAGGCGUACAUCACUGUCGUCUCAUGGGAGAAAGACACUGUUUCACUUGUCUCAGGAUCUAGAUUUCUCAUCACAUCCACUGGAGCCUUGUAUAUUAAAGAUGUACAGAACGAAGACGGAUUGUAUAACUACCGCUGUGUCACGCGGCACAGAUACACUGGAGAGACGAGACAGAGCAACAGCGCCAGACUCUUUGUAUCAGACCCGGCGAACUCAGCCCCGUCCAUCCUGGAUGGGUUUGAUCAUCGCAAAGCCAUGGCAGGGCAGCGGGUGGAGCUGCCCUGCAAAGCGCUUGGGCACCCCGAGCCAGAUUACCGCUGGCUAAAGGACAACAUGCCCCUGGAGCUUUCAGGGAGGUUCCAGAAGACCGUGACGGGGCUGCUCAUCGAGAACACUCGCCCCUUGGACUCAGGCAGCUAUGUGUGUGAAGUGUCCAACAGAUACGGAACUGCUAAGGUGAUAGGCCGCCUGUACGUGAAACAGCCACUGAAAGCUACCAUCAGUCCCCGGAAGGUUAAAAGCAGCGUGGGGAGCCAGGUUUCCCUGUCCUGCAGCGUGACAGGAUCUGAGGACCAGGAACUCUCCUGGUACCGCAAUGGCGAAAUCCUCAACCCUGGAAAAAAUGUGAGGAUCACAGGGAUCAACCACGAAAACCUUAUAAUGGAUCACAUGGUCAAAAGUGACGGGGGCGCGUACCAGUGCUUUGUGCGCAAGGAUAAGCUGUCCGCUCAAGACUAUGUGCAGGUGGUCCUUGAAGAUGGAACUCCCAAAAUUAUUUCUGCCUUCAGUGAGAAGGUGGUGAGUCCAGCAGAGCCGGUUUCCCUCAUGUGCAACGUGAAGGGGACGCCUCUGCCCACCAUCACGUGGACGCUGGACGACGACCCAAUCCUGAAGGGUGGCGGCCACCGCAUAAGCCAGAUGAUCACGUCGGAGGGGAACGUGGUCAGCUACCUGAACAUCUCCAGCUCCCAGGUGCGGGACGGGGGCGUCUACCGCUGCACGGCCAACAACUCGGCGGGAGUCGUCCUGUACCAGGCUCGAAUAAACGUAAGAGGGCCUGCAAGCAUCCGACCAAUGAAAAAUAUCACGGCGAUAGCAGGGCGGGACACGUACAUCCACUGUCGAGUCAUUGGCUACCCGUAUUACUCCAUCAAAUGGUACAAGAACUCUAACCUGCUUCCUUUUAACCACCGCCAAGUGGCAUUUGAGAACAACGGGACCCUCAAGCUCUCCGACGUGCAGAAGGAAGUGGACGAGGGGGAGUACACGUGCAACGUGCUGGUGCAGCCGCAGCUGUCCACCAGCCAGAGCGUCCACGUCACGGUGAAAGGUAAGCCGUGCUCCCCGUCUCCGCACACCCCACUCUGCAGACCAAGUUCCAUUUUGCUGCCACCUUCCCUUUAUUUUGUUUGUGAUUCUUGCUCAAAUAAAUUUUAUUCCAAAGAAACACCCCUGAGUGUUAUGCCGGGGAAGAUCAAGAACCCCGCUUUGCUGAACAAGCCGGGCCCUUUUGGUUUUUCAGUCCCCGCGAUGAUAACGUCCUACCCGAACACCACCCUGGCCACCCAGGGUCAAAAGAAGGAGAUGAGCUGCACAGCCCACGGCGAGAAGCCCAUCAUCGUGCGCUGGGAGAAGGAGGACCGCAUCAUCAACCCCGAAAUGGCCCGGUACCUCGUGUCCACCAAGGAGGCGGGAGAGGAGGUGAUUUCUACUCUGCAGAUUUUGCCAACCGUGAGAGAAGAUUCCGGUUUCUUCUCCUGCCAUGCUAUCAAUUCUUACGGGGAGGACCGUGGAAUAAUUCAGCUCACAGUGCAAGAGCCCCCCGACCCUCCCGAAAUCGAGAUCAAAGAUGUCAAAGCACGCACAAUCACGCUCAGGUGGACCAUGGGGUUCGACGGAAACAGCCCCAUCACGGGCUACGACAUUGAAUGCAAAAAUAAAUCAGACUCCUGGGAUUCUGCUCAGAGAACCAAAGAUGUUUCCCCUCAGCUGAACUCGGCCACCAUCAUUGAUAUCCACCCUUCCUCCACCUACAGCAUCCGCAUGUACGCCAAGAACCGGAUCGGCAAGAGCGAGCCCAGCAACGAGCUCACCAUCACAGCGGACGAGGCAGCUCCUGAUGGGCCACCUCAGGAAGUUCACCUGGAGCCCAUAUCGUCUCAGAGCAUCCGGGUCACCUGGAAGGCUCCCAAGAAACAUUUGCAAAAUGGGAUCAUCCGUGGCUACCAAAUAGGUUACCGAGAGUACAGCACCGGGGGCAACUUCCAGUUCAACAUCAUCAGCAUCGACACCACUGGGGACAGUGAGGUCUACACCCUGGACAACCUGAAUAAGUUCACCCAGUACGGCCUGGUGGUCCAGGCCUGCAACCGGGCCGGCACGGGACCUUCUUCUCAGGAAAUUAUCACCACCACCCUCGAGGACGUGCCCAGUUACCCCCCUGAAAAUGUCCAAGCCAUAGCAACGUCACCAGAGAGCAUAUCAAUAUCCUGGUCCACGCUGUCCAAGGAAGCCUUGAACGGAAUUCUCCAGGGGUUCCGGGUCAUUUACUGGGCCAACCUCAUGGACGGAGAGCUGGGCGAGAUUAAGAACGUCACCACCACGCAGCCCUCCCUGGAGCUGGACGGGCUGGAGAAAUACACCAACUACAGCAUUCAGGUGCUGGCCUUCACCCGCGCGGGAGACGGAGUCAGGAGCGAGCAGAUCUUCACCCGGACCAAAGAGGAUGUUCCAGGUCCGCCCGCGGGCGUCAAGGCAGCCGCAGCCUCCGCCUCCAUGGUCUUCGUGUCCUGGCUGCCCCCGCUCAAGCUGAACGGCGUCAUCCGGAAGUACACUGUGUUCUGCUCCCACCCCUACCCCACAGUGAUCAGCGAAUUUGAAGCCUCCCCUGACUCAUUUUCCUACAGAAUCCCUAACCUGAGUCGGAACCGCCAGUACAGCGUCUGGGUGGUGGCCGUGACGUCAGCCGGAAGAGGCAACAGCAGUGAAAUCAUCACGGUGGAGCCACUAGCCAAAGCUCCUGCCCGAAUCCUGACCUUCAGUGGGACGGUGACCACUCCGUGGAUGAAGGACAUUGUCUUGCCUUGUAAAGCUGUCGGGGACCCUUCACCUGCCGUGAAAUGGAUGAAAGACAGUAACGGGACACCCAGUCUGGUAACGAUUGAUGGGCGACGGAGCAUCUUUAGCAAUGGGAGCUUCAUUAUCCGCACGGUGAAAGCGGAAGACUCCGGCUACUACAGCUGCAUCGCCAAUAACAACUGGGGAUCCGAUGAAAUCAUUUUAAAUUUGCAAGUACAAGUGCCGCCAGAUCAGCCUCGACUCACGGUGUCCAAAACCACGUCUUCCUCCAUCACCCUUUCCUGGCUCCCUGGAGACAAUGGGGGAAGUUCUAUCAGAGGGUACAUUCUGCAGUACUCGGAGGACAACAGCGAGCAGUGGGGGAGCUUCCCCAUCAGCCCCAGCGAGCGUUCCUACCGCUUAGAAAACCUGAAGUGUGGGACUUGGUACAAGUUCACGCUCACCGCCCAGAACGGCGUGGGCCCUGGGCGCAUCAGCGAGAUCAUAGAGGCGAAGACGCUGGGGAAAGAGCCCCAGUUCUCCAGGGAGCAGGAGCUGUUCGCCAGCAUCAACACCACCCGCGUGCGGCUCAACCUCAUCGGCUGGAACGACGGCGGCUGCCCCAUCACCUCCUUCACGCUGGAGUACAGGCCCUUCGGGACCACGGUCUGGACCACGGCUCAGCGGACCUCGCUCUCCAAGUCCUACAUCCUGUACGACCUGCAGGAAGCCACGUGGUACGAGCUGCAGAUGCGCGUGUGCAACAGCGCCGGCUGCGCCGAGAAGCAGGCCAACUUCGCCACGCUCAACUACGACGGCAGUACGAUUCCUCCACUCAUUAAGUCAGUUGUCCAGAGUGAAGAAGGGCUGACGACCAACGAGGGGCUCAAGAUGCUGGUGACCAUCUCCUGCAUCUUGGUGGGAGUCUUGCUGCUGUUCGUGCUCCUGCUGGUCCUGCGGAGGCGGCGGAGGGAGCAGAGGCUGAAGAGGCUCAGAGAUGCAAAGAGCUUAGCUGAAAUGCUCAUGAGUAAGAAUACCCGGACUUCGGACACCCUGAGCAAGCAACAGCAGACCCUGAGAAUGCACAUUGACAUACCCAGAGCUCAGCUUCUGAUCGAAGAGAGAGACACGAUGGAGACCAUCGAUGACCGCUCCACUGUCCUGUUGACCGACGCUGACUUCGGAGAGGCAGCCAAGCAGAAGUCCCUGACGGUCACCCACACGGUCCAUUACCAGUCCGUGUCUCAGGCCACCGGGCCCUUAGUGGAUGUUUCGGACGCUCGGCCGGGAACAAAUCCCACCACCCGGAGGAACGCAAAGGCGGGGCCCACAGCAAGAAACCGCUACGCCAGCCAGUGGACCCUCAACAGACCGCACCCCACCAUUUCCACACACACGCUCACCACGGACUGGAGGCUGCCCACGCCCAGGGCCGCGGGGUCGGUAGACAAGGAGAGCGACAGCUACAGCGUCAGCCCCUCGCAAGACACAGAUCGAGCAAGGAGCAGCAUGGUCUCCACAGAAAGUGCCUCCUCCACUUACGAAGAACUGGCCAGGGCCUAUGAACACGCCAAGAUGGAAGAGCAACUGAGGCACGCCAAGUUCACCAUCACGGAGUGCUUCAUCUCAGACACGUCCUCCGAACAGUUGACGGCAGGGACAAACGAGUACACAGACAGUCUGACCUCCAGCACCCCUUCAGAAUCGGGGAUCUGCAGGUUCACUGCGUCCCCCCCCAAACCUCAGGAUGGAGGGCGAGUGAUGAACAUGGCAGUUCCAAAGGCACAUCGGCCAGGUGACCUCAUACAUUUGCCUCCAUACCUUAGAAUGGACUUUUUAUUGAACCGAGGCGGCCCGGGCACCAGCAGGGACCUGAGUUUAGGACAGGCGUGCCUGGAGCCCCAGAAAAGCCGGACCCUGAAGCGCCCCACGGUCCUCGAGCCCAUCCCGAUGGAAGCCUCCUCCUCCGCCUCCUCCACGAGGGAAGGGCAGGCGAGGCAGCCGCCGGGGGCCGUGGCCACAUUACCUCAGCGAGAGGGGGCAGAGCUGGGGCAGGCAGCUAAAAUGAGCAGCUCCCAGGAAUCCCUGCUCGACUCUCGGGGCCACUUGAAAGGGAACAACCCCUACGCCAAGUCGUACACCCUGGUAUAACAGACAGCAUGGCUGGACCGCGGUUUGUAAAUACAAUUUAAACAAUUCAAUCAAAGCUACCUUUUUUUUACGGAAUUCCAAUAUUUAUAAUUAAAGAAAAUUGCCAAAAUAUAUUAAAAAAAAAAAAGAGAAAAUACUGAAACCACAGACAGUGCAAAGACUCUCCUGCUUUUUUUCUGUCUGAGUGUGAGCUCCAUCUGCCUGGGCAUCUGAUUUUUUGGGAAAGAAGUCCAGUUUUAUGAUCUCCACAGGCUAUUGCAUUUUUACUGAUUUUCUACCAAGUGCAUGGGGGACUCAUUCAACCUUCUGACUGGAAGUUCCGUCACACAGGAGUCGCCAGAGAAAACGGGGAGGGGGGCAAUGAGCCGGUUUGUGAGUCGAAAAGGAACACUGAUUUGGGGGCGGGGGAGACUCCAGUCACAUUCGCACACCUUUCUUUCCCAUUAGAAACUGGGUCCUCGAUUCGAUCUUCUUUCGUUGUUAAUUAGGAUGAGUGCCGUCAGUGAAGGGGUUGGGGGGGGAAUCAAUUCGGUCUUCUUUUUUUGUUUAUUUUUUAAUUUAAUGAGACACUCUUUGCAUUUUGUCUAAGCGAAAUAAAAAAGAAAAGGUCGUCUGCCUUUA